CCCUCUCAAGCAGUGGCCACCAUCAGCUGCUGUACAUAGAACUGCCACCUCAGCCUCAACCAGAACAGUUCAAGCCACAGAAAGGGGAACCAGACCGCAGGUUUCAAAGUUUCAAAGCAUCCUUGCUGUGCUGUUUUCUACAUCGAGUCUCACAUAAGAGUUCACCUUGCCAUGGCAAGCUGUUUGAAAUUGGUGUGAUGAGCCUGCACAAUGCCUGCUUGGGGGACCCUGUUCCUGCUCUGGGCUACUGUGGAGGCCACCAAAGACUGCCCUGAACCAUGCACCUGCCAGGCCCUGGAAUCCAUGGGACUAUGGGUGGACUGCAGGGGGCGAGGGCUCACAUCCCUGCCUGCUCUGCCAGCUCAUACCCGCCACCUUCUGCUGGCCAAUAACAGCCUUCGUUCAUUGGCCCCUGGCACCUUCGACCACCUGCUCCAGUUGCAGACACUCGAUGUGACACAGAAUCCUUGGCACUGUGACUGCAGCCUCAUCUACUUGCACCUCUGGCUGGAAGACCGCACACCUGAGGCUCUGCUGGAUGUCCACUGUGCUAGCCCCAGCCUUGCCACCAUCCACCCACUGGGCCAGCUCACAGGCUAUGAGCUGGGAAACUGUGGCUGGCAGCUACAGACAUCCUGGGCCUACCCAGGGGUCUGGUGGGAUGUGGCACUGGUUGUUGUGGUAACAAUGGGUCUGAUUCUCCUGGCAAGUCUGCUGUGCACUGCCACAGAGCCCCUCCUCCUGGGGUCAUUCUCAAGCUAAGCAGCCAGGCCCUGAGUCCCUCCCCAGACUUCUCUAGCCCUGAUCAGCCAGAACCACCAGUUACUCAAAAUAAACUGGCUGUUCAGCCAUUUUAUCCAAGAU